AUGUCCGCCGCCUUGCACCUGUACGAGUCACCCCUCCCCGCCCCGCCGGCGCCGGGCGAGAAGCCCUCCGACGCCUUCCUGGCGGACCUCGCCGCCGAGAGCCAGCGGCUCGAGUCGGCCACGCCCGACGAGAUCCUCGCCUGGGCCCACGAGCGCUACGCGCCGGGCCUGGCGAUGGGGACGGCGUUCGGCCCCGAGGGGUGCCUCCUCCUGUCGCUGCUGCCGAAGCACGCGCCGACGACCUACGUCUUCAACCUCGACACCGGCUACCAGUUCCAGCAGACGCUCGACCUGAGGGACCGUAUCGUGGAGAAGUACGGCCUUGAGAUCGACAUGCUCCAGCCGGAGCUGGCGGUCCCCGAGUACGAGGCGCUUCAUGGGGGACCGCUCUAUAAGACCGACCCCGACCGCUGCUGCCACGACCGCAAGAUCAAGGUCCUGGAGCGGGCCGCCGUCGGACGCACCGCCUGGAUGAGCGGCAUCCGCCGCGACCAGUCGGCCGUCCGCGCCAAGCAGCCGAUCGUCGCCUGGGACCGCAAGUUCCAUCUGGUGAAGAUCAGCCCCCUGGCGAACGCCACCAAGCAAGGCGUCUGGACGCGCCUGCUCAAAGAGGGCGUCCCCUACAACCCGCUGCACGACGAGGGCUACCCCAGCAUCGGCUGCUGGCCCUGCACCCAAGCCGUCACUCCCGGCGCGAAUGGCGCUGACGACGGCGACGAGCGCGCCGGCCGUUGGGCGGGCAAAGCCAAGACCGAGUGCGGGCUGCACACGGAUGGAAGCGGGAUUUGA